GCAUUGUAGACGCCAAACAUGGCCGAAACUUUUUUAGACAAAUCGUUGUCGAAAGUUCACAUUAUGUUUCGAUGCAGUGGCACCAACAUUUCCAUUGGUGAAGCUGCCCCAACUAACACUAAAAGGAACCGUUGCGUUUAUGGUUUUAACUUCAUUUGGCAAAACACUGAUCUUAUUGGAGCCAUUUCCUGGUUUUUAGAAGGCAUAAUAAGUGGUAAAAGUUUCACUGAAUUAACUUAUAUCGCACCAUGUAUCAUUCUAAGUAUUCUAAGUGUUAUAAAGUCGAUAUCCAUCAUCAUCUAUGAGAAGAAAGUGUACCAACUUAUGCAAAACUUGAGAAUAAUGGAAGCACAUGAAAGGAAUCGAGAGAAUACUACAGAAAAAGAAAAGAUAAUAAAGAAAGGAGUAAAUUUCUUAAAUCUAGUAAUCAAUGGGUUGUAUGUUUUUAAUAUACUUUUGUUAGCGUGCUUUGCAUUAAAUCCACUUGCACUGAUGAUAUUGAAUUAUAUGAAGACGAACGAGAUAGAGUUUCUGUUGCCAUUCCUUAUUACGUACCCGUUCGAUCCUUACAACAUCAAGGUUUGGCCAAUAGUGUACGUACGGCAGAUAUGGACAGGUUAGUUGAAGUCAGGU